CGGCGGGCCCGGGGGAGGGCCCUCUUUUGUGGCUGCAGUUGGCAAGAUGGCGCCCGUGGGGGUGGAGAAGAGGCUGCUGCUGGGCCCCAACGGGCCCGCGGUGGCGGCCGCCGGUGACCUGACCAGUGAGGAGGAGGAGGGCCAAAGCCUAUGGUCCUCGAUCCUGAGCGAAGUGUCCACCCGCGCCAGGUCCAAGCUACCGUCCGGCAAGAACAUCCUGGUCUUCGAUCACACACGUUGCAAUGUGUGGAUUCUGGAUGGAGACCUUUACCACAAAGGCCUGCUGAAGUUUGCAGUUUCUGCUGAUUCCUUGCCAGAAACCCUGGCCAUUUUUGUUGCAGACAUGUCUAGGCCUUGGACAGUGAUGGAAUCUCUACAGAAAUGGGCUAGUGUUUUACGUGAGCAUAUUGAUAAAAUGAAAAUUCCACCAGAGGAAAUGAGAGAAUUGGAACAGAAGUUUAUGAAAGAUUUUCAAGAUUAUGUUGAACCUGAAGAAGGUUGUCAAGGUUCCCCACAGAGAAGAGGUCCUCUGACCUCAGGCUCAGAUGAAGAAAAUGUUGCUCUGCCUCUGGGUGACAGCGUGCUGACUCAUAACCUGGGGAUCCCAGUGUUGGUGGUGUGUACAAAGUGUGAUGCAGUGAGUGUCCUGGAGAAGGAGCACGAUUACAGGGAUGAGCACUUGGACUUCAUCCAGUCACAUCUGCGGAGGUUCUGCCUCCAGUAUGGAGCUGCCUUGAUUUAUACAUCAGUGAAAGAAGAGAAAAACCUCGACUUGUUGUAUAAGUAUAUUGUUCAUAAAACAUAUGGUUUCCACUUUAACACACCUGCCUUAGUUGUGGAAAAGGAUGCAGUUUUUAUACCUGCAGGCUGGGACAAUGAAAAGAAAAUAGCUAUUUUACAUGAAAAUUUCACAACCGUAAAGCCAGAAGAUGCAUAUGAAGAUUUUAUUGUGAAACCUCCAGUGAGAAAGCUGGUCCACGACAAAGAGUUGGCAGCAGAGGAUGAGCAGGUGUUCCUAAUGAAGCAACAGUCACUCCUUGCCAAGCAGCCACCCGCACCCACGAGAGCCUCCGAAUCCCCUGCAAGAGGACCCUCUGGCUCUCCAAGGACCCAGGGUCGAGGAGGGCCAGCCAGUGUGCCUAGUGCCUCCCCAGGCACGUCAGUAAAGAAGCCGGACCCAAACAUCAAAAAUAAUGCAGCAAGUGAAGGGGUAUUGGCCAGCUUCUUCAACAGUCUGUUGAGUAAAAAAACAGGUUCUCCUGGAAGUCCUGGUGCUGGUGGCGUGCAGAGUACAGCCAAGAAGUCAGGACAAAAGACUGUGUUGUCAAACGUUCAGGAAGAACUGGAUAGAAUGACUCGAAAACCAGACUCCAUGGUAACGAACUCUUCAACAGAAAAUGAAGCCUGAUCCUCCUUAAAAGUGCAUAUGUCAAAUGACCAAAUAACUAUGUAUAUUGAUCUGCUAAGACCAGGAUUUUUGGCACAUGUUAUCAGUUUUUGGGGACAGGGGAGAUGAACUUAAAAAAAAUUCAUUGGCUUGUCCAAGUGUGAAAUGCAUUUAGGAAGGUUACAUGUCAGACCCCUUUGUUAAGGAUAACCCUUGGACUCUCAGGCAGGUGACUCUAAUGAGAAGCAAGUACAGCUGGGCUUCUUGUGGAGGGGAAGGUAGAGUGAGAGAAAGAGGGCCCACAUUCUAUCUCAGUGGAGCAAAUGAGACCAGGAAAUCAUUGACCAGAUGGUGGUUAGUCUGACCAGUUUCGUGUUAGCAAAUUCACUUGUUCUUGGGAAGCAGAUUAAGUAGCAGAAAGUCCAGGAAAGAGGAAGACUGAAAGGAGGAAUGAGAGAAGUGAUGGUGGGGAAACUGAAUGUUGAGGGAGGUAGAGGAAGGAGGAGAUGAGCAGUGUUAGUAAAUACUGUGUGUUCAGUAGAAGUCAAAGAAUCAUUGUUUAAGGCUUAAAAUUAGAAACAUUUCCAAAUUAAACACUAAGCAAAAUGGAAAUUAGGCUUGUUCUAAAUGCAUCUUUAAUGUAUGAAAGAUGUGUUAAUUGUGGGGGUGCCCAAGUCUGGUGGGGCUGACCCAGGGGUGGGAACAAUGGCAGCUGUCCAGGACCCAGGCUGUGUCCUUGAGGGAGGUGCUGGGCUCCAUGUAUGUGUAUUGUGGGGCAGACAGUCACUGUGGGAUGUCUUCAAAGUCAGCAGUUACAGAAUCAGUUUACUUUGAAUUGUGUUUUCUAAGUAGCUCCUGCUUUGUUUUGUAAAUUAAAUUUUUUUUUUUUUUUACUACCACAGGCUGGCCUACUAAUAGAAAAUGGGUGAUCGACCUCUCAUUUUACCAUAGUGCAAUGUGCCACAGAAAGUUUGGGGGAGGUUUUUAAUGUAAUUGCACUUUGGUUAAUUGGCUUGUACCAAUCCCUGCCUUACAGUCCGUGGAAACCUUCAGGGAGGUCCACUGCUACAAAAAGGUCUUGUCCUAGCUCUCUGGUCUGAUCAGUGCUAUCAGAUGGACAAAUAAGUGUGAAUGUUUUAUAUUGAAAAUGGAUAUGAUACAUUUCUCUUGUUAUGUGUUUUCAUAAAAUGUAGCAUUUUUCUUAUGGAAAUAAGAAUAUCAGGUGUCUCCCCACUUAGGGCAAAUUCAUGCACAUUGCCAUGUCACACCACCAUUCUGAAAAUGACUUCAGUGGAUUUGAAAUGGCACUUUUAAUUUUAUGUAUGACACAGCAUUUAAAUACAAACACUACCAUGAAUUUAAUGUAUAAAAUUUUGUUGUCAAACCAAGGGAAAAAAACCACAGUUCACUGUGUGGAGUUUACUUUUUUUUAUAUGAAUGUUUGUUGUCCUGUGUCUAAGCAUAACUUCCCUAAUGUCAUUACUUUUACAUACCAGAUUUGACUGACCACUAAUGUAGUGCUGGGCAUAACUUAAUAUCCUAUGUUGUAGACAAGACUCUUAAGACUGUCUUGAAUUGCUUUUGUAAAGGUCUGAACACUGUUAAGGAGAAAGCUGAGUAUUUACUUGCCUUUCUGACAAACAUGUUUCUUGUGCCAGUUUUAUUGUUGAAGUAUACUAUUUUUUUUCUUUUUUUAAUUCAGUUUUUUAAAACAAAUAUAUUGUGGCUUCCAAUUACCAGGUUGUCUAGGUAAUGACAGUAAACUGACUGUGGAAUGAUAGUUGUGGUGUAGUGACCAAUAGAUGCCAAACAACUUGUGACCACUCUAAAGGUGGGGUCACUUAAUUCCUGGGAGCAAAAUGAGUAACCUCAGAAACAAGGAAUUCUUGGAAAGGCACAUGCCUAAGGGAUACAGUGUGAUUUUAAAUUUUAAAGCAAAAUUUUAAUUUUAAUUUUUUAUCAUUUGAACUGAUAAGCACUUUUGUGUCAAUAUAAAAUGUACUAAAACUGAUGAAAUGCUAAGACACAUGUCUUGUGAAGGAAGGUUUCUUGGAAACCACUUUUAUUUUCUCAUGACAGGUGGAUGCCCCUAGUAUCAGAAGAAACGAAUACAUAGGGUCAUGUGCUCAGUGGUUGCCAAAGUCUACCAACUUUGGGGAGCUGCAGGGUUCUUUUUGGAGGGUGGGAGGAAGGGAGUUGAUUUUUGUUGUUUUGGGGUUUUCAAGCAUUGGAACCAAAGGCCAAAUAAUAAACAGCCUUUACUUUUUAAGGUAAAAUUUGUUUUAUUUGCAGAGUACACUUGUAUGGUAGACUGUUAAAGACAAUUUUAUGACUAUUUAUACACAUUAUAGUAAUUACAUCUACUGUUUGUCUUUAAAAAAAAAAAAUCAAAGAAAAGCCCAACCUUGAAGAUGUGGCUGAGAUAAAGGCCAUGAAUUGGUCUUUCCUAAAAAUGUAACAGGUAUGCUGCUAGAUUACUUUUAUUUUGUUUGCACUUUUUUUGAUUGGCAUUUUAAAAUCAGUAUUUAAACUGAGGACAUUGUCUUGUUUUAUUAAUUUAAAAAGUUGAAAGUGACUGCUCUGUACAUCAUGACCUUAACAAUGUUGAUGCUGUAAGUGAAAGUUCACUGUUGUCUAUAUACUAAGUUUAUUGAUGUUUUUAACUUAAAAUUAGGACUGCAGAUGAUCCCCCCACCAGCCUUAGUCCAGGGGUGUGGCUCUAUCCGAGUGCAGUAUGCAGUCAUGUGGAACCUUGCUUUCUAGUGCUGGAAAAAGAUGUCUCUAAUUACUGGCUUCAAUAAACACGAAUCCAGACUGCUUACAA